AUGUGGAAACUCAAACUUUCAAAAGGCAAUGAUCCAUGGCUAAAGAGUGUGAACAACCAUAUCGGUCGACAACAUUGGGAAUUUGUUCCGAAUCUUGGAACGCAAGAUGAACUAGCUGAAAUCGAGAAAUUUCGAGGUGAAUUUAGCAAGAACCGGUUUGUAGCUAAACAAAGUUCUGAUCUUCUAAUGAGGUUUCAGGUGAGAAAAGGGGAAAAAAAAGAAAGAGAGGAAGAUGAUGAGAUGAAGUUGCCUGCUGCAAUGGUGGAACUGAAGAAGGGUGACCAAAUAAGUGAAGAAAUGGUGGCAAAUACAUUGACAAGGGCUUUGAGGUUCUACUCAACUUUGCAGGCUCAGGAUGGGUUUUGGCCUAACGACUAUGGUGGCCCUUUAUUUCUUUUACCUGGCUUGGUGAUCGGUCUGUUCAUAACAGGAGCAUUAAAUCAAAUUAUUGGUACUCACCAUCGACGAGAGCUGCGCCGAUAUCUUUACAAUCAUCAGAAUAGAGAUGGUGGGUGGGGAUUGCAUAUAGAAGGGAGCAGCACAAUGUUCUGUACAGCUCUCUCCUACGUUGCACUAAGAUUGCUCGGAGAAGAUACAGACGGCGGUGAUGGUGCCAUGUGGAACGCCAGAAAAUGGGUUCUUGAUCACGGUGGGGCCACCUUCAUCCCAUCCUGGGGAAAGAUGUGGCUUUCUGUACUGGGUGUGUAUGAGUGGAGUGGAAUGAACCCUCUACCACCAGAGACAUGGCUACUUCCUACAUGCCUUCCUGUUCACCCAGGAAGGAUGUGGUGUCAUGCUAGAAUGGUAUAUCUGCCUAUGUCAUAUUUAUAUGGAAGGAGAUUUGUGGGUCCAAUUAAUGACCUUAUAUUGGCUAUUAGACAAGAAAUUUAUACAAUUCCUUAUCAUCACAUUGAUUGGGACCAAGCCAGAAUUCUUUGUGCAAAGGAGGAUUUGUACUCUCCACAUCCAAUGAUACAAGACAUAUUGUGGGGUGUCCUACACAAGAUUGGGGAACCCCUUCUGAAGAGAUGGCCCUUUACAAAAUUAAGAGAAAGAGCUCUUGAUGCUGUAAUGCAACACAUACAUUAUGAGGAUGAAAAUACUCAAUAUAUCUGUCUUGGGCCAGUCAAUAAGGUGCUAAACAUGGUUUGUUGUUGGGUGGAGAACCCUAAUUCAGAGGCAUAUCAAUGCCAUCUCUCAAGAAUCAAAGACUACCUAUGGGUGGCAGAGGAUGGCAUGAAAGUGCAGGGAUAUAAUGGAUCUCAAUUGUGGGACGUUUCUUUUGCUGUUCAAGCAAUCUUGGCGACCAACCUUCCAGACGAAUACGGUUCAAUGCUCAAGAAAGCAAACUAUUUCAUCAAGAACACACAAGUUAGGAAGAACAGCUAUGGUGAUCUCGAUUACUGGUAUCGACACAUUACCAAGGGUGGAUGGUCUUUCUCAACACCAGAUAAUGGUUGGCCUGUAUCAGACUGUACUGCAGAAGGCCUGAAGUCAGCACUUAUGCUAGCACAAAUGCCAUCACAUAUCGCGGGCGAAGCAAUAGCAGCAGAACAACUAUAUGAUGCUGUUAAUUUGAUUUUAUCAUUACAGAACAGUAAUGGAGGGUUUGCGUCGUACGAGCUCACAAGAUCCUAUGCUUGGUUGGAGAUGAUCAAUUCUGCAGAAAUAUUUGGGGAUAUCAUGAUAGAUUAUCAGUAUGUGGAGUGUACUUCUGCUGCAAUUCAGGGACUGAAAACAUUCAUGAGAUAUUACCCAGGAUAUCGGCGGAAAGAAAUCGAAUCAUGUAUUGGAAAAGCAGUUAACUUCAUCGAAAGCAUUCAACAACCUGACGGUUCAUGGUAUGGAUCUUGGGGAGUCUGCUUCACCUAUGGAACAUGGUUUGGUAUAAAUGGACUAGUUGCAGGAGGCAAGAGUUAUCAUAAUUGUUACAGCAUCAGAAAAGCCUGUGAUUUCUUGCUAUCCAAGCAACUUGACUGUGGUGGUUGGGGAGAGAGUUAUCUUUCAAGCCAAAACAUGGUAUACACUAAUCUGGAAGGGAAUAAAUCACAUAUAGUAAACACAGGAUGGGCAAUGCUUGCUCUUAUAGAAGCUGGACAGGCCGAACGAGAUCCAACUCCAUUGCAUCGCGCCGCAGAAGUUUUGAUUAAUUCCCAAAUGGAGAAUGGGGAUUUCCCACAACAGGAAAUAAUUGGUGUAUUCAACAAGAAUUGUAUGAUAAGUUAUUCUGCAUACAGAAACAUCUUCCCCAUAUGGGCUUUGGGAGUUUAUCGCAAUCGUGUGUUGUUACCUACUAAAAAUGUAAUGAAAUUAUUGAACUAUCAUGUGCCUCUCUUAUGA